AUGGAUUCGAUGGAAGAUUCAACGAUGGAUUCGAUGGAAGAUUUCAACGAUGGAUUCGAUGGAAGAUUCAACGGUGGAUUCGAUGGAAGAUUUCAACAGUGUAUUCGAUGGAAGAUUCAACGGCGGAUUCGAUGGAAGAUUUCAACGGCGGAUUUGAUGGAAGAUUUCAACAGUGUAUUCGAUGGAAGAUUCAACGAUGGAUUCGAUGGAAGAUUUCAACAGUGGAUUCGAUGGAAGAUUUCAACAGUGUAUUCGAUGGAAGAUUUCAACGGUGGAUUUGAUGGAAGAUUCAACAGCAGAUCUGGAUGUGGAUGA